AUGGCGGCCAUUAAUGCAUUGGUAGAUCUACCAAUUUACAACUACCUUAUCAUAGCGGUUGUUCUAGGCAUCGUUGUUUAUACUGCCAGUAAAAGAUCUCGACCAAACUUGGAUCAUAUUCCGGGCAUUGCGUUCAGUGAUGGUGAUAACUCCACAGAAAGAUAUGUGAAAGAUUCCGGGACUUUACUUCAUGAGGGCUAUUUGAAAUUCACCAAAAAAGGCAUCCCAUUCAAGCUCAGAAAUCCCGCGAACCCGGAGCAUCCUCAAGUGAUCUUACCAUGGAAAUAUCUCAGCGAAGUACGGAGCGCCCCGGAGAGUCGACUCAGCUUUCCUUUAUACUCCAAUCAGGCAUUUCUCCUUGACCACAGUAACGCACCUCAGCAAACAGAUGUCGCUGUGCACAUUGUGCGUACAGACUUGAACAAGAAUCUGGCUGUUCUCAUCGAUGGAAUGCAAGAGGAAAUCGAUUUAGCGCUUGCAUCCCAGUUACCAAAAUGUCCAGAAUGGACACCGUUUCCCCCUUACAUGGCCCUCGCAUACACCAUUUCUCGAGCUACUGCCAGGGUUUUUGCAGGCACUGAGCUCAGCCGCAACGACGAAUGGGUGCAAAUCGGCGUGAAUACAACCAUAAUGGCCCAUCAAGCAGCUCAAGAGAUUCGCAAACAAUAUCCUCCCUUUAUUCGUUGGCUCGCAAAGUGGCGACAUCCAGGUGCGAGGGCCGUGUAUGCUAACCGCCUAAGAGCAGCCGAGCUGAUGGCUCCAAUUCUGAAAAAGCGCUUGUCAAACGAUCUCACCGAGUCUGGAGAGCCAGACGGUGUCCAGUGGUCUAUUGCCGCUACUCGUAGUCGACAGAAGAAAGUUCUGGAGGUAGUUGACGAACACCUGUUUUUAGGAAUAGCUUCCGUGCACUCCAGUUCCGCCACGAGCUUGUCGGUAUUGUACGAUUUGCUUGACCGCCCUCAAAUAAUGCAGGAAAUUGUCGAAGAGAUUCAAACAAUACAUGCUACAUGCUCUAAUGGGCGGUGGAACAAGCAAGCCCUCACUCAGCUAGAAAAGCUGGACAGUUUCAUGGCGGAAAGCCAGAGGAUGUACUCCCUUGGUUUGGUCACUGUCACACGAUCGGCUGUCAAAGCAUACGUCUUUAAGGAUGGGCUUCGCCUUCCCAAGAACACGCAAUUUUCCUUUCCUAACUACGAGCUGAAUCAUGAUCCCGAUGUGUACCCAAAUCCGGAGCAAUUUGAUCCUUGGCGAUUCUUGAAGAUGCGGAAAACAAUCGACGCUAACAAAUAUCAUUUCGCCUACACUUCGGAUCAGAUCCUCAAUUUUGGCAGCGGGACUCACGCCUGCCCAGGUCCCGAGCUGAUGGCACCGAGUGAAUACGGUAUGAAUGAUUACGCAAAGACCCGCACCGAUCAAAUAAGAACUAACAGGUGGCCUACCGAUGUGACGAUUUUGCGCCGAAGAGUAACGGAAGUCACAGAAUUUAUAGCUGCAGUCAUACUUUCUCCAACUGGCACCAUGGCGGUCCGCAGUGGCAGGAAUACCAAAAUACUUCCCCUUUAUUUUGCCCUCUGUGGCCUCGUUUCUCCUUUCACAACCUCUUUUACAGCAACGAAGGCCGAUUGGAAAGCGUUGAGCAUUGAGGUUUCAGAAAAGCUACAUGCAGCUUCACCCCUAGGCCGACCAUGCUUCUCCACAUUGAAUGGUGAAUCGGUAUCAAUUGAGGAAAGGGAAUGUGCCAUCACACAGGAUAAUUAUUUCAAUGGAUCUUUUAGAACCGACAGAUAUGAAGGAUUCCUCCACCUCUUUGGAGAUGGCUGUAUGUCCAACACUACAGACGAAUGCUUCUUCAACAAUGGCGAUCCUCUGUCUUCAACGGAUAAUAAACAGUGUAAUCAGGGGCUUGUGUCUCCGUACUACUUGAAUGUCGGGGGUGUGAGCGACGUGAAAGCGGCAUAUCGAUUUUCAAGAAAAACUGGGGUUCCCAUCUCUAUCAAAGCAAGCGGACACGACUAUAUGACUAGGAGCAGUAUAAAAGGCUCGUUGGCCCUUUGGGUGCGCAAUCUCAAGACAAUGACCUAUCACCAGUCUUUCAAGCCUACCGGAGACACAUCCGCCAAAUCGGUAUCUGCCAUCACUUUUGGGCCUGGUGUGAAUUCUGAUGAGGCCCAGGCCUUCGCCAACAAAAACAAUGUCACGCUUGUUGGCCCAUCUUCCCCAACGGUCGCCAUUGCUGGAGGCUGGAGCUUUUUCGGCGGCCAUUCCGUCCUAACGCCAACAUUUGGCCUUGGUGCUGACAGAAUUCUGGAAGUUGAGAUUGUAACACCAGAUGGAGAACACCGCAUAUGCAACAGGAAGCGUAAUGCUGAUUUAUUCUGGGCUUUACGAGGUGCUGGUGGUGGCGUUUUUGGGGUGAUUCUCAGCACUACUAUCAAGGUCGAGGCAGCCAUGCCCAUUACUUUCGCAUUAAUAACUUUUCCGCCAACAUUAAGCAGGCAGGAUGAAUUCUUAUCUCUUCUCAUCAACGAAACGCGCAGCUUGUCCUCGGAGGGUUGGGGCGGUCCUAUGACUCCCAGUAGCCUUGUGCUGGUGAAUCCGCGCUUGGACGAGGCUGCUGCUAAUAAAUCUAUGUCACGGUUUUCCAGCUUUUCCAAUGAAAACAAUGGAACGGUGUCUAUAUUGAAGUUCAACACAUUUUAUGAGUUCUACAGUGCAUUUAUCUCAACAACUCCUUCUGACGCCGGCACGGGUCCUUUGUUGACGUUCCGCGUGUUACCAAAACGACUACACGAGACCAAAAAAGGCCAAAAAGACCUUCAUGAAUUUCUAAUGAAUCAAAUCAAACAGGGCCACUCGCCUACCAUCUUCAUGACCCCCCCAGCCCAGUUCAAAUAUCCCACCGACAGCACUUCUAUGCAUCCAGCGUGGCGUAACAGCUACUGGGAUAUUGGUUUUACUAUCAACUAUGCAGUCAAUUCGACGUUUGAAGAACGCCGACAGGCCGCGGUUCAAUCUCAACAGCUUUCAAGAGACAUUAUAGCAUUAGCUCCAGAUGGUGCAGCAUAUCCCAACGAGGCAAACCCUUGGCAGCAGAACUGGCAGAAGGAGUUUUGGGGAGAAAACUACAAACGAUUAACACAAAUCAAGGCCAAAUAUGAUCCCCAUGGAAUCUUGAGUUGCUGGAGAUGUAUCGGUUUCCAAGACGCUUGGAUCCAUAGUAAUACACGAUUUGGAUGCAUGGGCGAAUUUGAGGGGCUUGCCUAA